AUGCGUCAAGAGAACCGCCCAGAGUUCAAGAAACUUGGCAUGAUUGGAGUGGGGAGUAUGGGUGGGAUGAUGUCUCUGUUAUAUGCUGAACAUGGAGUUGAGGUUCACUACUACGACCCGAGUGAGGAAAACGUCAAGCAACUCCAAGACCACGCUGAAUCCAUCCAUGCUGGCAAUCGUAUUGUGCACCAGAAAGACUACAGGGAGCUCUGCGAAAGCAUUUCGUCACCAGACUCACCCAAGCUCUUCGUCUUCAGUAUACCCCACGGUCCCGUCGGGGACAAGACUGUUGAAAGUCUACGUCCGUAUCUAAAGACCGGUGACAUUAUACUCGACUGUUCAAACGAAGACUGGCGGAACACAGAGCGCCGACAGAAGGCCCUCGACCCCGAUGGUAUCCACUAUAUUGGCUGCGGCGUAAGCGGCGGGUAUCAAAGUGCCAGACACGGCCCCUCUAUGUCCCCCGGAGGUGAUGCCGAGAUCCUGAAGAAGGUCAUCCCAUUCCUUGAGCGAGUAGCCGCGAAAGACAAGGAAGGACGCCCGUGUACAACGUGCAUUGGACCAGGAGGUAGUGGGCACUACGUGAAGAUGGUUCACAACGGCAUUGAACAAGGCAUGAUGUCUGCCAUUGCCGAAGUCUGGUUUAUAAUGAACAGAUGCUUGAAGAUGACAUAUGAAGCAAUCGCUGACACAUUCCAGUCGUGGAAUGAAAGUGACCCGCUCAGAGAUAACUUUCUGGUGACAAUUGGCGCAGACAUCAAUCGCACCAAAGACCAGGAAGGACACUUCGUGCUAGCCAACGUCCUCGACAAAGUCGUCCAAGACGUUGAUAACUCUGAAGGCACAGGCGUCUGGACCUGCGAUGAGACGAUUCGUCUACACGUGCCCUCACCCACCAUUGUCACUGCACACUUGUUCCGCCUUGCUUCAGCAGAUGCUGCUAAGCGGGAGAGAGUUAACAGGGCUUUCAAAGGCGGCGCAGCACAACCGACAACCAUCAAGUUAGAAGUGCCACAUGAGAAAGCCCUACCAUCGUUCAUCAAGGACUUGAAGCUCGCCCUGUACGCAGCAUUUCUCUGUGCAUUCACCCAGGGGCUCAGCAUCAUCAAAGCCAUGGAUCGCGAGCAAGGCUGGAACCUCGAUUACCGGGCCAUCCUGCAGAUCUGGCGAGGCGGCUGCAUCAUCCAGAGUGACUACAUCUCGGACCUACUCGACCGGGUCCUGUCAUCACGAUCUGACACUCAGUCUCCCAACGAGAUGGCCGUGGACGACCUCCUCUCGCAAGACGACGUCGCCGCAGAGUUGGGAACUUGUUUCUCGUCGCUGAAGAACGUGGUCCUCAAAUCCCUCGCGGUCGACGCCUACAUUCCGUCUCUCUCUGCCACGCUCGAGUACAUCAAAUACUCGGGCUCGACGGAGCUGCCCACGCAGUUUAUGGAGGCCGAGCUGGAUUACUUCGGUGCACACAGCUUCGAUCUGAAGUCCGAGGGGCCCGGAAAGUCGCUCAAGGGAUCCCAUCACUACGAGUGGAAGCCGCCCAGAGGCAUCUUUGGCGAGAAGUUGGACGGGACGAAAUAA